AUGUCGGACGACGAGUGGCCAGCGGGCUCGCAGCUCCCGGCCAUCCGCCAGCUGUCCGACGUGAUGUGGAUUGAGUGGGCGGCCCAGGCCGCGGCCGGCGGCGUGGACGCCGGAUCCCGGAAGUAUAUUUUCCAGAUGAACGUCGUGAACAUGGACACGCGGGCCGUGAUCGAGCGGGCCAUGGGCGGCGUCCCGGCCAGCCGGAUACGCCUUGCUGGGCACGCCCAACGGCAAUGCUCAGGCCUGGGCCUCAUCAACCACAAGGAUUCGCUGGGUGCCGACCAGAGCAAUCCGGAUGAGAUCACCGGACUGAAGAAGGUCUCCAAGAUCCGGAUCUGGACCAACGAGGAUCUGUGCUAUAUUCCUCCGGACCUGGAUGAUGAGUCGGAUUACGAGGUCGAGGACGUGGAUAUGGAUGAUAAAGAUCGGGAUAUGGCCCACUGCUAUCACAUGCUGUUCUUUAUCGAUACGGUAUCUGAGCCGGAUUUCAUGGAUUAUUAA